AUGCUGCAUAUCGGAUAUCCCCGGCCGGCAUCGGUUACAAGGUAUCGUUUCCAGCAAGCCGGUUCAUCCCUCCUAGAUAGUGUUUUUAUCAAUUGAGAGUGCCCAGGCUUCCCAUAUGCUCCUGGUUUACAAUGCAAGAAACGCUCGCCUUCAGGAUUAAGCAUGGACCCUGAGCAGAAGGCCACAGAGAGCGCUCCUGCUAUUGGCAGUUUGGAGAUCGUGUCUGUUACCAGAGAAGAACUGCCAGGUGUGGAUAUAGCCUUUUCCUUCUUCAGGUUAUUCUUUAUCCAGACAAAAGUCAAUCCUGGUACGGGGCCAUCAGAAAACAGUGGGAACGAUGAGUCGCCCAAGUGCCAUCCUAUUCUGCCGGCCAAGUACCUGAUCCUCAUUGUGGCCCUUCUUCUCCUCACUGUGUUGGCGGUGGCCAUUGGUCUAACAGUUCACUUCACUUGCCCAGGAAAGAUUCGCUGCCAGUCGUCCUCUAAAUGUAUAAAAAGAACAGAAAGGUGCAACGGGGUUUUCGACUGCCCAGAAGGAGAUGACGAAUACAGAUGUGCGAGGCUGAGUGGAAGGAAUUCCGUGCUACAAGCUUACACAGCGGGGUCGUGGAGAACAGUCUGCUCGGAUGAAUGGAAAGGCUUGUAUGGGAAUCUGACGUGUAAGCAAUUAGGUUUCUCAAGCUACGUGAGUUCUAUUUAUUUGCCUGUGGAGGCUGUUGAAGAACAAUUUAGGAGACAUUUUGUCUCGGUUACACCAUCUCCAAAGUUUGCUGGCCAAACCAGUUUGUUACAGCAGCUAAUAAACCCAAGUGAAUAUUGCUCCUCGGGAAAUGUCAUCACUCUAAAGUGUGUCGUAUGUGGCCUUAGGCCCAGUUACACAUCUUCAGCCCGUAUCGUUGGUGGCAAUGUGUCUGCCGUGGGGCAAUGGCCGUGGCAGGCCAGUCUCGUCUUCCAGGGCGUCCAUCUGUGCGGAGGGUCCCUCAUUACCCCUCAGUGGAUCGUAACAGCUGCCCACUGUGUUUAUGACCUGCUUUACCCUGAAUGGUGGCGUGUCCAGGUGGGGCAGGUGAGCCAAGCCUCUGAAUCAGCCCAGACUGCGGUGCCGGUGCAGAAGAUCAUAUAUCACAGCAAAUACAGGUCCAGCACCAUGGCCAACGACAUCGCCCUCAUCAGACUCGCAAGUCCGUUCACAUUCAACGGCUCCAUACAGCCAAUCUGUCUGCCAAACUACAGAGAGGAUUUUCCGGAGGGUAAAAUCUGUUGGAUAUCGGGCUGGGGAGCGACAGAGGAAGGGGGUGACACCUCUCAGACCAUGGAUUACGCUGGGGUCCCACUGAUCUCCAACAGGGUCUGCAACACAAAGUACAUCUAUGGGGGCGUCAUUAAGCCCUCUAUGGUCUGCGCGGGGUUCCUAGAAGGUGGAGUUGACACCUGUCAGGGGGAUAGCGGAGGCCCUUUAGCCUGUGAAGACAGCAAUGUGUGGAAACUAAUGGGAACCACCAGCUGGGGUAUUGGCUGCGCCUUGAGGUACAAGCCCGGGGUGUAUACCCGCAUCAGCUCCUUUCUGGACUGGAUCCAUAUUCAGAUGGAGAAAGAAGAGAGAAAGUCGAAUUAGCGGUUUCACGCUGAAUAUGGUCUGCGCUUGUAUUUAUUACAUCUACGGAUUCCAUUAUAAACAAAAAUGUAAAUAGAAAUUUUCUUCAAUGGCCAUUUUACUGACCCAAGUGUCCCAGUAUAGUCCCAGUAUAGUCCCAGCAUAGUCCCAGUAUAGUCCCAGUAUAGUCCCAGCAUAGU